AUGGCAAAGGAAAACAACUUCAAGGUAGAGUUCAAAUUCCAGCAUCAUCUCAGGGGCUUCCACCGACAUGAGGCAGCAGAAAGCCCCCGUUCCUGUUCUCUGGACAUGCUGUUACGCAGAUUGAGGGCCAUAGAAGCCAAGCAAGAUGAUAAGUUUGCCACCAUCAUGGAUGCAGUAGGGGAGUUUGGCACAUUCCAGCGGAGGCUGGUGGCCCUCACCUUCAUUCCCAACAUCCUGUCUGCCUUUUUCUUGUUUGCUGACAUCUUCGUGUUCACACCACAGAAGCCCUAUUGCAACACCAGCUGGAUACUGGCAGUGGGCCCCAACCUGUCAGAGUCUGAACAGCAGCUGAAUCUGACCUUGCCCCGAGCACCCAAUGGCAGUUUCCUGACUUGCCUCAUGUACUUGCCUGUGGACUGGGAUCUGGAUUCCAUCAUCCAUUUUGGCCUCAACCGCACAGACUCAUGUCAAGACGGGUGGAUCUAUCCUGAGGUCAAGAAGCGAUCACUGAUCAAUGAGUUUGACUUGGUGUGUGGCAAGGAACCGAACCCGGAAAUCGUGCGGAACAUGUACUUGGCGGGACUCUUGACAGGGUCUUUCCUCUUCGGGUUCAUAACUGACAAGCUGGGCCGCCACCCAAGCAUCCUGCUGUCGCUGCUGGGGCUGAUCAUCUUCGGCUUCGGGACAGCCUUUGUCAACAGCUUUCACCAAUAUCUGUUCUUCCGCUUCGGCGUAUCCCAAGCUGCGGUAGGCUACGCCAUCAGCAGCGCGUCUUUAAUCACUGAGUGGCUAGUGGGCAUGCACCGGGCCCACGCCAUCAUCCUGGGACACUGCUUUUUCGCUAUGGGGGUCAUAUUCCUGACGGGACUUGCCUACAGCCUUCCCCACUGGCGGCUGCUGUUUCUGGUGGGUGGGGCACCUGUGUUCCCCCUCAUCUCUUAUAUCUGGAUUCUCCCAGAGUCCCCACGGUGGCUGAUGAUGAAAGGGAAGCUGAAAGAGGCCAAGCAGGUGCUGUGCUAUGCAGCUGGUGUGAACAAGAAGACCAUUCCUUUAAGUCUGCUGGAUAAGCUGCAGCUGCCUGGAAAGAAGGUGACUACGGCCUCUAUCCUGGACUUCUAUAGCAACAGGCACCUCCGCAAGGUGACCUUGGUGCUGUGCAGCAUGUGGUUUGCUAUCGGUUGCAACUAUUAUAUGCUGAGCCUCAGGAUGAGGGAACUGGGAGUGAACACCCACUUCGCACAAGUGAUUCCUGGCAUGAUGGAGGUGCCCGCCCGGCUCUGCUGCGUCUUUCUCCUUGAGCAGCUGAAGAGGAAGCGAAGCCUGAUUCUGACUUUCCUCCAAGGCGCCCUCACGUGCUUCCUUAGCCUUCUGCUCCCCGCAGGGAAGGAUGGCCACAGACUCAGGUGGCCACAUUGUCUGACCACAGAGUUGAAAUCCCCCUUGGUCUUGAUAAUCGUGCUUGGAGAGUUCAGCCUGGCCGCCACGGUCACCGUGUUCUACAUCUACACUUCUGAGCUCCUCCCCACUGUCCUCAGGGCAACAGGUCUGGGGCUACUGACUCUGGUCUGGGCGGCUGGAGGUAUCUCAUCCUUGAUAGUCGUCAACCAGAACAUCGCCAUCUUACCCGUCUUUCUCUGCUGCAUCUCAGCCUUCGUGGCUUUGUUCUUCUGCUUCAAGCUGCCAGAAACGCAAGAUCAGCCCAUCCCUGACAGCCUGGAGCACCUUCCCCCAGAGAGAAGGACCAUGAGCGAGGACAUGUCGAGCGAGGACAUGUUAUGUGACGAUGUGACAGAGGAAGUGGCCAGGAACACCAUUUUCAACGCCACGAUGACAAAUAUGGACCAAGACAGUCUCUCCAACCUGUCUUUGCAAUCUGGAGAAGAGGAAAUAGACAAACAGGAGGACUGAGGGCCAGGCCCCCAGAUGAUCUCGGGCUGGGGUUGAGUGGCAGGAUCUGGGGCUGUGGAUC